AUGCUGUAUUACGUGAAGAAGUAUAUAUACAUCGAGCUGCUGCUAAUUUUGCGGGUGGUGAACUACUACCUUCCGUUAGACAGGUGCUUGAAUAUCGCAGUGAUAUUUUACCUGACCUUUUUGGGGCUCAUUUAUUUGGCCUUUAAGUUUAGGUACCGUGGGGGUAAUGGGUCGGGUGGCGUAAGUUGGGCAUUCGCCGGCAAACACGUAUGUAUAGUCGGUGGAUCCGAAGGGCUGGGCCUCUCUUUGGCCAAGCGAAUCAUUCGAGAGAAUCCGCAAACCCUAACCAUCAUGUCGAGGAAUGCCACCAAACUGCGCACAGCAAAGGAAGUUUUACUGGAGGAACUUAGUACACAAAAGUACCAUAAGAAUGGGCUCCAAAUAAAUAUAAUUAAAUGCGACAUAGGCAUGAAGGAAUCCAUUAAUGAGGCUUUCCAAAAUGUCCGAACGAGUACCAGUAUAGAUAAGGAAAAGGACCAAUGGGCAGACCAAUCAAUGGGAAGUAUCCAAAGAAGGAAUCACCCCCUUGACUGUGAACAAGCGAAAGAUCAAAGCUUAGACGAUGUAGAUGUUCUCAUCUGUAACGCUGCAUAUAUUUGUACAGAGGAAAAUAGUAGGCUCCAAAUGUACGAUUUGCUAUACACAGUAAAUACCAAUAUUUAUGGCCAUAUUGACAUCAUCUCAAGAGUGGUUAAAAAUAUGAAGAGAAGAAGAAAAGGAUUUAUUCUGUUUGUUAAUUCUGAAGGAGCACUUUAUCCUGUUUAUGGUUAUUCCUAUUAUUUAAUGAGCAAAACAUGUUUGUGGACAUACACAUAUAUAUUGGACCAGGAAUUAAAAUAUUACAAUAUACAUUUUUCGAAUGCAUUUCUUCCAUCCAUUCAAACUCCCGGGUAUGCACAGGAGAAUUUAAGAAAACCCUUUGUUACAAAACGGAUUGAGGAUUUAACCACCACUGUGGAUUCAGAUUAUGCGGCUGAUAAAGUAGUUGGUAAAAUGAAGGAAGGAAAAAAAUUCAUAACUCUAGAUUUUAACGGGUUCAUGUUGUCCGUUUUGCACAGCGGCUAUAGGAAUCCGGAAUCCUACUUUGAUUACUUAGUUUGCGUAUCAUUUUGUGGUGUCUUCGUUUUUGUAUCUUCCCUCUACAAACUGUACAUCGAGCAUAUAAUCCGAAGGAAUGUCUUCCACAAAGUUGAUAUCGUAUGCCCUGGGGGAGGCUACAAGACCCGUUUUUUUUCCCCCUCAAUUUGA